UUGCCUCAAGCCUUAAUUAGUUACUGUCUCUUUAAGAUUCUCAGCUGAUAAUAGAAUGGAAUGUUGCGUGACCCCUGGUUUCGGAUGUAAAUAACGCUACAAUGUAUCUAACGGUUCAGUGAUUUAUGGUUGUACUGUAACAAGCCAAUUACAGCUACAUUGCCUACAUUUAUGCCUAGAGUAGCAUCGUUGUUUUACACUUUCCCUGUGUCAAUAAACCUGUGGACUUCAGAACCAGAUCGGUCUUCAGAGUACUUGAUGUUAGGAAAGGGUUUAGCUGGCUGUCAGCGUAUCAAGCAUAUACCGAAGACGGCACAGUAAAACAACGACUCUCAAGCAGGCAAGAUAACGGAGUGUAAGCUGACGGCUAAUCGUUACGUCGUCACACGCAACUAGUGGACGACCAGCCAAGCAGUGUCUGUUCCGCGAUACCGAAUAGAAGUGUACCAUGGAGCCAGAGGCGUCCGAGAUACGUCGUCGUAGAGGUACGGAAGCAGAACAAUUCAUGGAGCUAACAUCUUCAUCAAAAACAGGCUCUCGUGCUCCGUCAGUAGUAUCCAAUGCAUCAUCGUGUGGGUCAGCUGCAGCGAAAGCGAGAGCGAGAGCUGAAGCAGCCAAAGCACGUCUUUAUUAUGCAGAGGAGGAAGUGAGUCUAAGGAUGGAAAAGGCUAGGUUGGAAACAUCUAUGGACAUGCUUAAGCAUAGGAAGGAGGUAGCUGCAGCCAUUGCUGAAGCUGAAGCACUGGAGGCUGCAGUGGAUGUGAAUGGUGAGAGACGCAGUUAUGAGUUGAACAUAGACUCUGUUCCAAUGGAGCCCUCACAACGCACAGAACAAUUUAUUACUUCUCACUUCAUGGAAAGAACAUCAGAACUGCAGUUAUGUGAUGACAGCAAAAUCCCUGCAAAGUUAAUGCCAAGCCCUAGCUACAACAUCCCUCCUCGUCUAAAACCUGAAGCCAGACCUUUUCUUCCACAUCAAAAUACUGCUCCACUUCAUCUUCCCUUACAGCAGGCCCGCUAUGCUGAUCAGGAUGUUCACGAGCCACUCACCAAGUAUGCUGAAGAUGUGCCUGUGCCACCCAGUAGGUUCAACGACGAACAUACUACUCCUGUGCACCACUCCAGACCUCACAGUUACAAUAGCCAUCCGUCACCCUGUUGCUGUCCUGUAUCAUCAAACCCCAGUAAUAGCAGCUCACACAUAAAUGACUUUGUCAGAUAUCUAGCACGCCGUGAGCUUGUGGCUACAGGCUUACUCCAAUUCAAUGACAAACCUCAAAAUUACAGAGCAUGGAAACGUUCAUUUCAGACAGCAACCAGUGGUUUAAACCUGACACCGAGUGAGGAGAUGGAUCUUCUGCUCAAAUGGCUUGGCAAGGAGUCAGCAGAGCAUGUUGAGCAGAUAAGAGCCAUACACAUCCACCGUCCAGAGGCGGGACUGACUAUGGUUUGGGACAGGCUUGAAAAAACAUAUGGCUCAGCUGAAGCUAUAGAAAAUUCUCUGUUCAAACGCAUUGACAGUUUUCCAAGAAUAACAAGCAGAGAUGGGCCUAAGCUAAUGAAACUGAGUGACCUACUAAUGGAGCUGCAGGCAGCCAAAGCUGAAGGAGACUUGCCUGGUCUCUCUUUCCUAGACACGGCAAGAGGAGUCAACCCUAUAGUACAGAAACUCCCGUUCCGUCUGCAAGAGAAGUGGGCAUCGGUGGGUGCAUCUUUCAAACGGCAGAACCGGGUGCCCUAUCCUCCAUUUGCCUACUUUGUAGACUUUGUCAGCCAGCAGGCUGAUAUCACGAAUGAUCCAAGCUUCAGCUUCAUCGUCCAUGCAGACACGGCGUCUAGGACAGAGAGGACAGCUUGGAAGCCAAACGGACAGCGUGAAGUCUCUGUCCACAAAACAGAGGUAUCUCCCUGGGCAACAUCUGACACUGGCGAGCCCUCAUCAAGGUUGGAUGACAGCGACAAGCUAUGCCUACUGCAUAAAAAGCCACACCCUCUGCGUAAAUGUCGUGCAUUCAGAGAAAAGCCCAUUGAAGAACGCAAAACACUGCUAAAAGAGAACAAUCUAUGUUUUAAGUGCUGCUCUUCCACAUCUCACAUAGCAAAGAACUGCAAAAUCAGAGUUCAGUGUUCUGAAUGUAACAGCGAAAGACACAACACAGCACUCCACCCUGGACCCGCACCCUGGAUGCAAGAGGCAGACCCUGCUCCUGAGCAUGGCGGGGAGGAGCAGGGAAGUUCCUGGUCUCAUGUCACUAACAACUGCACUAAAGUCUGUGGUGAGCAGCUAACAGACCGUUCCUGCUCUAAAAUAUGCCUCGUAAAAGUGUAUCCAGCUGGCCAAAAAGAAAAGGCAGUGAAAGUGUAUGCGAUCCUCGACGAGCAGAGCAAUAGGUCACUGGUUCAUUCACAGUUCUUUGACGUGUUCAGUGACCAAAGUCCAAGCGCUCCUUACACACUGAGAACAUGUGCUGGAGUAAAGGAAUCAUCAGGAAGAAGGGCCAGUGGCUAUGAAGUGGAAUCUCUAGAUGGAACUGUUUGCAUCUCGCUACCGAGUCUCAUAGAGUGCAACGACAUCCCGAAUAACAGAGACGAAAUUCCAACACCUGAAGUGGCUCUUCAUCAUGCUCAUCUACGGUCAAUGGCACACCUCAUCCCAGACAUUGACCCACAAGCCUCCAUUAUGCUUCUCUUAGGAAGGGACAUUAUCAGAGUGCAUAAAGUCCGCAAACAGAUUAAUGGCUCUCACAACCAGCCCUAUGCACAGAAGUUGGACCUGGGGUGGGUCAUUGUUGGUAACGUGUGUCUAGGUAAUGUCCACAAACCUCUGACAAUCAAUGCCUUCCACACAAACAUCACAGAGCUGAAACGCCCUACUCUCUCCGAGCCAUGCCCUAAUGUGUUCCAUCUUAAAGAGAAGUUCAGCAACAUCCAGGUCACCAGUCAUCCCCCCACAUAUCCUGUUGAUCAACCUACAUGUGAAGCCGACCACCUGGGAUGCACUGUGCACAGGCGGACCAAGGAUGACAACCCUGCAGAUCAUGUAACCCGCUCUGUACCCGCUGGCCACCUGAAAAACACCAACUUUCUGAGUGGACCCAAGUUCCUGUUCAGACCAGAGCCCAUCAUCUCUGAAGGCACUCACAACCUCGUUGAUCUUAGCUCAGAUCCAGACAUCCGGCCUCUAGUGUCCACCUUCAGCACUAGAGCCUCACACAAGCAGCUUGGUUCUCAACGCUUUGCAAAGUUUUCGACUUGGAAGUCCCCGUGUCGUGCAUUGACUCGUCUUCCUGCUCCUGCCAGCGAGUUUGGAGUAGCGGACCUCUACAAGUCCCAGUGGCGACAGGUCCAACACCUGUCUAACACCUUUUGGUACCGCUGGAGGAAGCAAUUCCUCCCAACACUGCAGGCCCGCAAAAAGUGGCAGGCCACCCAUCCAAACAUCCAGCCAGGAUGUGUUGUUCUCCUCAAGAACAGCCAAGUACUAAGAAAUGAAUGGCCUCUUGGACUGAUAACUCAGACUCUCCCUAGUAAAGAUGGGAAGGUGCGACAGGUUGAGGUGAAGGUUAUUGAACCUGGAGAGACUGCUCUCUUUCUUAGACCAGUCACUGAAAUAGUGCUUCUCCUACCUCCAGAUGGUUAAGUAAAUGGACUGUGCUUGUUGGGUGACGUGUAUUCACGUCAGGCGGGGAGUGUUUUGUUAUAAAUAAGUUAAAAGGUAAUAAGUUAAUUUGCCUCAAGCCUUAAUUAGUUACUGUCUCUUUAAGAUUCUCAGCUGAUAAUAGAAUGGAAUGUUGCGUGACCCCUGGUUUCGGAUGUAAAUAACGCUACAAUGUAUCUAACGGUUCAGUGAUUUAUGGUUGUACUGUAACAAGCCAAUUACAGCUACAUUGCCUACAUUUAUGCCUAGAGUAGCAUCGUUGGUAUGUACCCAUUUACUGUUUCUUACAUAUUCACUUAAUUGCUUAGAUUACUAGUUUGAUGUAAGUAAUAUUUAGAAAUGUCCGUAAUCGCUAAAUCUAAAUGUUUACAUGGUUGUUAGGUAAGUCCUCGGACAAGCUACUGAACGUAAUAUUGUUACAAUGU